AUGACCGACUCAAACACUGAAGAACUACUAUCCGCCCCAAGAUGCGUGCCAUUCCACGACACCAGUGAUUCACUUCAGCGAGAUGGCACGCGCAUUCUCAAAAGCUUCAAGAAUGAUUUCCUCAGCAUCACAUUCCUAAGCAACGACGGCGUUCUGCGCUCGCUGACUGCAGAUCGCAAGGUGCUCUCUGCGGAAGGACCCAGACCUGACCUCAUUGAAGCUUUUCUGAGUCGCUUUCCAAAAUACUUCAGGGCCCAAAUAACGAGCCCAGUAUUUGCUGACAGUGCAAAGACGCCCAAAGAAAAGUGGUUUGAGCCCGACGCGGGGGUUCUACCAGAGCCGCUGUCACAGCAGGAGAUUGAGAAGUUCAAGAAUCAGCCUGAGGAGCGGACAGAGUUGCUCCGAAAGCGGAUGCGUGAGGAUGAAACUUUGUUGGACGUCAAUGGCGUGCUUGUUUGA